CUUCUAGUUAGCAGACGGUAUAUAAUGGCACAGAAUGAGAGAUUAGAUUGCCUCAUCAUAACACCAAGUUGACUCCCGAGCCUUAAACUGGCCCUAUUCAUCAUGUUGUCCACGCUACGAACAGUCCGAACCCCCACGAGAUGGAUCACUACGCAGCUGCGGACUGCAGCCACGCAGGCUCAGAAAAGGGCAGGUGAUAUUUCGGAUGCCUUUGUUUCGCUGUCUGGCCAGCAAUUUUCCCCUCUCGCCCCCAAAUAUGCAGACUUGAAAGGUCGCCUGAUCAAGGGUCGCGAGAACGAAGUGCGAAAGUCGUGGGAACGUCUACUACGAGAUCUUAGAGAGGAAAUUCCGCUCAUCGUAGAACUAGGAUCUAAGGCCAUUCCUGAGAUAGACUUCAAAGACAUCGAUAAUGCACCGGAAAAAUUCAACCACGAGUUGAGGAAGAGAGGUGUUGCCGUUGUAAGAGGAGUGGUCCCAAUAGAGGAAGCGUUACAAUGGAAGGCAGAUCUAAAAGAAUACAUCAGGCAGAACCCUCAGACUAAAGCUUUUCCGGCAGAUAACCCUCAAGUCUUCGAACUCUACUGGUCACGCACGCAGCUCCUCGCUCGUGGAAACUCCAAUCUGCUUAAAACUCACCGCUUCCUCAUGUCGUUUUGGCACAGCACCAACCCCCAAGCCCUGAUAUCAACAGAACACCCAGCCAGCUAUGCAGACCGCUUACGAAUGCGCCUUCCCGGAGAUGCAACGUUCGCAUUAGGACCUCACGUUGAUGGCGGUAGCGUCGAGCGAUGGGACGAAAAGGGGUAUGGGCUUGGUGGAGUAUAUGAUUCAGUGUGGAAAGGGGAGUGGGAGAAAUAUGACCCUUGGGAAGCAAGCUGCAGACUGUCUGCCGUCUUAGAUCUCCACCAAGGAGUAGGAGCCUGUAGCAUGUUCCGUAUGUAUCAAGGAUGGCUAUCGCUCUCGACAACUGGCCCUUUUGAAGGAACCUUGCUAGUAAACCCCCUGUUAGCGAAAGCGACAGUGUACUACCUUCUUCGGCCGUUCUUCUCUCCGAAGCGUGGUGUCGAGUCCGGAGCUCAAACAACAUCUGAAGCCAUGUCUAGUUCGGUAGAUUUCCUUGCUUCAGACAACUGGAGCAUGGAUUCAACGCCCUCGUCAUGGCUCCAGGGUGCUACCCCCGGACACGGCCAAGAACUUUCACAACUCCUACAUCCUCACCUCAAUUUGCAAGAAUCUAUGAUUCACAUGCCCACAGUACAUCCAGGGGAUUAUGUAGCAUGGCAUUGCGACACAAUCCAUGCGGUGGAUAAGACACAUGCCGGAAAAUCUGACUCCAGCGUCCUAUACAUCCCAGCUUGUCCAAUGACAGUAGAAAACGCUAAAUAUCUUGUACGACAGAGGGAGAACUUCAUUAAGGGAACACCAAGUCCAGAUUUUGGGGGUGGCAUUGGAGAGAGCAACCACGUGUGCCGAAUGAAAGUGGAACAGUUAGAGAAUUUGGUUGGAGUCGAAGGAUGUAGAGCCAUGGGCCUAGCAGAGUGGGACAGUGAUGCAGAAGGGUUGGUGCCUGGGGAGAGAGAAGUUCUUGAUAGGGCAAACAAGAUCCUCGGAUUUUAUGACUGAUUGAAGCUG